CACACACACACACACACACACACACUUCCACCAUAUCUCUUGGACAUCUGUAUUGAAAGGUGCAGGGGUGACAGUCUGAGAAGAUAACAUACCAGGACAUACCAGCACCAGCAGAAGUCAAAAAGAACCCUGAUAAAUCGGGCCACAUGAUGGAGGACGAUUACUACUACCAUGACAACGUCAGCGACAACUACAGCGACAGCUACGACGACUACCACAGCGUGUGUGAGAAGGAGGACGUGCGCUCUUUCGGCGGUGCCUUCCUGCCGGUGGUCUACUCCCUUUCGCUCGUGGUCGGGGUGGCGGGAAACGCGAUGGUGGUGGCCGUGUACGCGUACCACAAGCGCCUGAGGACCAUGACCGACGCCUUCGUGGUGCACCUGGCCGUGGCCGACCUGCUGCUGCUGUUCACGCUGCCCUUCUGGGCCGUGGACGCCGUCCGGGGCUGGCUGGUCGGGCCGGAGCUUUGCAAGAUGGUCUCGGCUCUCUACACCGUCAACUUCACCUGCAGCAUGCUGCUGCUGGCCUGCAUCAGCGUGGACCGCUACCUAGCCAUCAUGCCCGUGGGUCGGGACCAGGGCUUGGGCCGGGUCUUCAGGCCCAACUACUCCAGCAGGGUGUGCCUGCUCUGCUGGGCCGCCGCCUUCCUGCUCGGCGUGCCGGACUUGGUGUUCUCCACCGUGGUGUCCACCGUCAGCGGAAGGAAGGCCUGCCUGGCCGUCUACUCCACGGAAAUGGCCCCCGUGGCCCGGGCCAGCCUGGAGGUGGUGGAGGUGCUGCUGGGCUUCCUCCUGCCCCUGACCGUCAUGCUGUUCUGCUACUCGCGCGUGCUGUGCACCAUGGGGGCGCUGCCUCUGGAGAGGAGGAGUCGCAAGUGGAAGGUCAUCCGAGUGCUGCUGGCCGUGGUCGGGGUGUUUGUCGUCACGCAGCUGCCCUACAACGCGGUGAAGCUCGUUCGGGCCGUGGACACCGCGUACGCCAUGGUGACCGACUGCGGCAUGAGCAAAGUCCUGGAUCGAGCCGCACAGGUCACAGAGAGCCUGGCUCUGACCCAUUGCUGCCUCAACCCGGUCCUGUACGCCUUCAUUGGGUCGUCCUUCCGACAGCGCGUUCUUAAGCUGGCCAAGGGCUUUGGAGAGAGGAGCAGGAGGAGGAGGAUGAGAGGCUCCGGUGAGGAGCAGGGAGUGGACAUCGACUUAAAUUCCCAGGCUGGGUCCCAGGACACCAGCACAUUCUCCAUUUGAACAGUGGGAGGGAAUGGAUGAUGGAGGGAAUGGAUGAUGUAAGGGAAUGAUUGAGAAGAUCGUAUAUGAGAGCAUAAGUACUUGUGAGGAAGAGUGAGUCAGAGAGAGAGAGAGAGAAACAGAGCUGAUGAAGUCUCCACCUUAGGGAAACCUGGGGGACAAGCGUUGUGGAGCUAACUGACAAGACAGUUAAAAAAAUGUUACAUAUAUUGAAUGACAUGGAGAUAAAAAUGUUUGUGUAUGCAAUCUAUCCACGUUUUUAUAGGGCUCAUUCUAUGUCAUGCAUGUGUUAUAAGCACUGCAUUUGAUGCAUUACUGGUGAAACUACUUAAGCUAAUAUGUACAGUAUAUGAAAAUGUAUAUUUUAAAUAAGACCUAUAAUCUGCUUUUACAUGUGCACUACAUAUGACGGAACCCCAUGUUUAUCGUUAGAGGAAAAACAGGAUCAUGAACAUCUGCUCAAGUACAUUACUCAUUAUGUGUUAUUUAUCGGUAAAACCCACAUGUAACAGAGACGCCUGCUGGACUUGAUCGCAUUGUUUAUACUGUGGUCAUGGAGAGUUUUCUGCUGACGUCAUUAUGAAAGUUUUCAAUAAUGUCCCACUCAUUUAGCUCAAUUGGGCCACAGAUGUUUGGGAGUUUGAAGGUAAGCUUUUCAAUGGGUCACUUGCAGCAGCCUGGCUGUGAUAAGGGAUUUGGCCUUGGAACUGGUGUCUUUGCGGUCAUCUGAAGCCCACCAGCGCCAGGUUGUGCUUCACCCCACCCCUCUUCUCAGAAAUCCCAAGGCCAAGAGAAUGCGAUGUACAGUACUGUAGCUGGAAAUGUGCCGAGAGAGCUUAUCUUUCACACUUCCACAUUUUCUGACCCAGGAGACAAGACUUCUUCCUGCAUCCUAAAGAGUUGUUGGGAACAACAUGUUUUUACCAGUGAUUAUGAACAUGACUAUGUUACAACAAAUUUGAAGGUACCAAAUCUAAUUGCCUGAUAACAGAUACAAUUAUACCUCAAAACCUGCUCCAUACUACUACUAGCAAACUGUUGCAUAGUGUUUCUUUAAUAUCAAUAACAUUCUUCAUGACAAAACAUAACUGGUUGCCUUCUUUUACUAUAACAGGCUUCAUUUUACAUGCACCUCAUGGAAUAAAGGUUGC